AUGUUGAUCGAAGGAGCGUCCACGAGAUUGAUAAUUUCUUUGGUAGGUGAAGGCGGAAUUGGUAAGACUACUCUUGCGAAGAAUGUCCACAACGAUGAAGUGGUGAAAAGGCACUUUGAACUAGCCAGCGCAUGGAUCACUGUGUCUCAGCCCUACAACCUAACAAAGGUCCUAAUGGAGAUGAAACGACAGUUAUGCAAAUCAGGGGCCGAUUGCCUGGUGGAAGAAAACAACGCGAUCGAACAGCUUAUUGAGUGUGUGAGGACAUAUUUGCAGACAAAGAGGUACGUGAUAUUUCUUGACGAUGUCUGGGACGAGAAUUUCUGGGAUGAUACUAAACUUGCUUUGCCUAAUAAUAACGAAGGGAGUAGGAUAAUAGUAACAACGCGUAAUGCCGCUGUUGCUGAUUCCUGUAGGGAAACACCAUAUGACGUUGUACAAAACCUGAACCCUUGGUCUCAAACAUUGGCUUGGGAAUUGUUCUGCAAGAAGGCUUUUAAGUAUGAGUUUCAAGGGAAUUGUCCUCAGGAAUUAGUGCAAUUAUCAAUUGAAAUUGUUAGAAGAUGCCAAGGUUUGCCUCUUGUUAUUGCAACCAUAGCUAGUUUAUUGUCAACUAAAGAAAAAGUUGAGUCUGAAUGGCGAAAAGUGCUUGAUGAUCUCAAUUCUAAGGUUGAAAUAAAUUCUCAAUUCUCAAGAAUCCAAAAAAUUCUCUCUCUUAGUUAUUAUGAUCUGCCUUACUCCCUAAGAUCUUGCUUCUUGUGUUUUGGUAUCUUUCCUGAAGACUAUUCAAUUUCUGAUGAAAGAUUGUUUAGACUAUGGAUUGCUGAAGGUUUUAUCAAAGCCAAAGUAGGAAAAACGUUGGAAGAGGUUGCUGAAGAAUAUUUAAGUGAGCUGACCAAAAGAAGCCUGGUCGCUUGUGAUCAAUUGAAGAUAAUUGGUUUAGGUAAUGGGUUCCGAGUCCAUGAUUUGAUGCGUGAUGUCAUCCUAUCACUUGCUUAUGACGUUUGCUUCUGUCAUACUUGGGAUAAGAAGAGGUCAAAAUCCAGAGUAAGAGAUCGUCGCCUUAUAAUUUCCGGCAGCACAAAAGAUGUUUUGGAUAAUGUUGAGAGCUCCGUGGUGUUGGAGGUUGAGAAUGCUCCUGUGGAUACUCUGCCGAAGGAACUUGGUAAAUUGUUUUGUUUGAAGUAUCUAAGUUUAAGGAAUACACGGGUCAAGGUCCUACCGAAGUCCAUAAAUAAGCUACACAAUCUAGAGUCCUUGGACAUUCGAGAUUCAUUGAUUCGCAAGCUUCCGAAGGCGAUUAAUGAGCUCGCAAAUUUGCGUCACCUAUUGGCCUAUAGGCAUAACCACCGUGCUCAAAACAUUUUUUAUUUUGACCGCGGAGUGACGAUAGAGGAAGGGUUUGGGCGACUGGACGUCUUACAGACGCUGACAUUGGUGGAAGCAGAUAUUGGUGGAGCUAGUCUCAUGAAAGAGUUGGAGAAAUUGACGAACUUGAGAUGGUUGGGUAUCUCAAAGCUAACCAAAGAGAUCUGGAGGGCUCUUUGCGCCUCUAUCGGCAAAAUGAAUCACCUGAAACGGCUGUUUUUAUCCUCAAUUAAUGAGAGUGAUGUUCUUGAUAUAUACAAUACAUUUCAUCUCCACCUCAUUUCCUGCACGAACUCCUACUCAUCGGACGGAUAG